AUGUUUAAUUUGAGUUUGAGGAGUCCAUCCAGGGUUGUAGAAUUUACAGUCGAAUGUUUCCCAGACAUCUCUCUAAAUCAGAUUAAUCUCUUUGUAAUAUUUCUAUUAAUUUAUCUUAACAUUAUAUUAGGGAAUAUAACAGUGUUUCUAUGCAUUACUUUGGACUCCCAUCUGCAUACUCCAAUGUAUAUUUUCCUGUGUAGCUUAUCCAUUGUGGACAUUCUAUCCUCUUCAAAUAUCCUACCGAAGCUCCUCUACAUGCUUUUCACCCAACAGAAGAUCAUAACAUUUAAUGGUUGUAUGGCUCAACUGUAUUUCUUCAUUUACUUUACUUGUACUGAGUUCUUCCUUCUUGCAGUCAUGGCUUAUGACCGUUACGUGGCCAUCUGUCACCCACUUCACUAUGCCCUGUAUAUGAGCAUGAAACAUUGUGCAUUGUACUUAGUAGGAACAUGGCUUGCUGCCGCUCUGGAACCAGUCUUACAUACCUUGUUUAUAGCCAAUUUGUCCUUUUGUUCAUCCCUUCAGGUCAACCAUUUUUUCUGUGACAUCUCUCCUUUGUUAACACUUUCGUGUAAUGAUACCAUACAUGUGGAAAUUGCAACAUAUGUCUUGGGCGCAAUUGUAGGACUAAGUGCAUUCACACUGACAUUGUUGUCUUAUGUGUUUAUUAUAAAUUCCAUUUUGCAUAUUAAGUCUGCAGAAGGGAGACGGAAAGCAUUCUUUACUUGUGCUUCCCACCUGACCUCUGUCAUUAUAUUUUAUGGGACUUCCCUGUUUUUGCAUGUUAGACCCACAUCGACCUAUGCUCCAACGCAGGACAAAAUUUUCUCUCUACUUUAUAUCAUACUGAUCCCGGUUCUGAAUCCCCUUAUUUAUACCAUGAAGAAUAAGCAAUUUAAGGAAGCAUUUAGUAGGUUGAUUAGACUUCCAUAG